GUCACAAUUAAACACUAACAAAUUUUAUAAGUCACAUAAUGAGUUCUUUACUACUCAUUUUUGUCUGCUCUCUUGUGAUCAAUUCUCAAGCCAGAACAUUAACAGAAAACCGUGACCACCAACUCGGACUGCCUACCAGAGUGGCAGACUACAACGGCCCAGUGAUUUCGAAACCGGGUUUUAUUGAGAUGAUAGAGAGUUAUGGGAGGGAUGAGCAUGAGUUUGCGCCGCCGAGCCCCAAGGAAGCGCCGCCUACUCACCAAGUAAGUGCAGCGGCCGAAGAAAAUGAAGUUUGGAAGUUGAAAAUGUAUGGGAGGGAUAAACCGAAGCGAGCGCCUCCAGCCCCCAAGGAAGCGCCGCCAACACACCAAGUGGGGAAGGAGGGCGGUGAGGUGGUACCUCCGCCUCCCCAUCACGCACCACCAACUCACCAGGAGAAUUACGGGAAGGAGGGAGGUCAUCCGGCGCCUCCACCUCCCCACCAUGCACCACCAACUCACCAGGUAAGUGGCACUGGCGGCGAAGAAUCAUGGGCGGUGUAUGUGUUGCUCUCAGCCUCGGCCUAAGCUUUGUUUGAUAAUCAAUGUUAUGCUUUUAGCUAUUGUAUGUGUUUGUCAUGUAAGACAAUACUAUUACUAGUAGUUUGGCCUCA